GGAUAAGCCCUGAUGUUUCGCAGAGCCUCUCUUCACUCCGUUCCCCAAAUCCGUCCCUGCACCAGCAUGGGAGGGCGACGUCCAGCCCGGUGAGCAGCGCCGGGCUUCUGGGCGCCCCGGGCGGGAAGGAUGGGCUCCCCCCAGGGCUACCGAGCUUCGUGGUGGACUUUCCUUCUGCACCAGGCGCCGCAUAUCAACUUCCAGUUCGAGGCAGCGGGGAGCGAAUUUGCUCCAGAGGAUUUGGGCUACCAGCAGGCACUUCUGUUUCUGGCCAGCAUCUCGGGUCUGUGCUUUGCCAUCAGUCUAGUUCUCAUCUGCGUCUACCUGAUCCGCUUUUGCUGCUGCAGUAACGAAGAUGAGGAGGAAACCAAGACGCAAAGGGUUUGCUGUGUCACCUGGAGCUGCGUUGCAGCUGUUAUCAUCUGCUG